AUGAAUAAAAUUACGCUGGCUAAUCGAUAUCACGACCGCAUGUACCGUUACAUGAACAACCAGCCAGUGGGGAAGGAAGAAUUCACCUACUUUGAUGGAAAGCAGGUGGAUGUUAAUUCUGUGGGUGAAGAAGCGUCUAUCCCCAGCGGAACUAGUGUGGGAGAUGAAAAAAUGAAUAGUACAAACAUAGCAGGAGGUAAGACCAGCAGAAGAAGCGCAGACCAGGACGGCACCAACGACUAUAUAGCCAACGCCGGUUUAGACAGCAACAGAAGAAGUCGUGGUAAAAACAAUGGCAUGAGAAAAUGCAACAAUAACGAUAAGGAUAAUGGCGCGUACAACAAUGGCACUUCAAGUAGCUGCUCCAACAACAUUUUUGAGGAACAAAAAACAGGUAGCACGUUGUCUGGGAAGAACAAGAAGAAUGAUCUGGUUAGCAGUUCCUAUUGUGAUGGCUUGGGAGGUAAAGCGGCGAACGACACGGGGCUGGGAAUCCCCAUCAAAGGAAACGAUAACCAUAACACCGUCGUGAGGGCUGUAAGCAGCGGGAAUGCUGGCACGGAUAUUGUGGCCGAUUCAACAAUUGCGUCAGUGAUGUCCUGUCAUAAGACAAGGACAGACGAUGUACGAAGCGGUAAAGUAGUCCCUAACUUUAGAGGUAGCAUAUAUGGUGAAAUGAAUCUGGACGGGGGUAUCAACUACCAUUCAAUAAGCUACGAAAGUAUCGACAGACACGUGGACAACGGAGAGGAUAAAAGCGCACAGGUGUUGAAUGAACGAGCCUUUGAAGAAAGAGGGACUAACUUGGACGCAAAUGAUAAUGCCAAUUUGGAACAUGCCUUUACCAAUAAUUUCAACCGAGCUCAGCUUCGGUUCAGUGACGAGAUGGACGACCUCUGCAACAUAAGACGAUUUGUGAACAACACCAACAGCAACUUCGAAAAGUUGGAGCACUCUCUCACACCGUUUGAUCAGUGUGCCAAUCGGGGCACGCAUGCAAAUAGCGAAAAGGACGGCGAUGGGGAUGGUGGCAACGAUGGCGAUGGCGGUGAUGACAAUGAAAAUGACGAUGAGGAGGAGGACGUAAAAAAAGGCGGACUUCUUCUUAACAUGCCAAGUUGCAGUUUUUCCACAUAUUACAAAAGUGACACUGUCGAGGGGGGGACCACGUCCAGCGAUGUGAAGGAAGUGUCUCCUAACGUCGGCGCCGUGUAUGACUGUGGAAAUCCUUGUGGAGCAGAAAGGCGCUGUGUGAAGCAAUGGAAGCGGGAUUCACCAGUUACCGAUAAUAAGGGGAACACCUCAAUCGACUGCGGCGAUACGAGUGGGGAGGAAGAACUUGCGGGGAGCAGCAACGGGGAGAUGUCUAGGUGCAACAUAAGCGACAUCGUGAACCAGAACAAUAACGUCGGCAUCGGCAAGGAGAGUAGUAAUAGCGCCCACCGAAACAGCAGUGUCGGAAGCAAAAACAGAAAAGGUAAUAGGGGAAACAGGAACAAGCAACAGAACAGGAAAGGUAGCAAAAGGAAGAACAGCACGAAUAAGGCAGAGACGAGAGUCAAAGGCGCGCACUCUGAGGUUCGGGCAGAUGAGAAUGCCGCUAACGACGCUAACGACACUAACGAUACCAACGACACGAUUGACACUAACGAUGCUAAUGACUCAAAUGACUCUAACCAGGCAAACAACGUUAACGGUCCAUGCGCCCCACAAAGCGCCAACACAACGAGCGGUGCAAACAAAAAGGCCCAGAAGAACAGAGUGAUGAUAAACCAAAACAGCUUCCCUGCCCAGAACGACAGGAACAACUCCGUGCAAGCCCUCAGUGGGGUAGAUGACCUGGUAAACUUGGCCACCAUGCAAAAUUGCGCCAACAGUAGUAGGGGCAGCCCUGUAGACAGUUCCAACGCGAGCACGAUGAAGAGUGUGGCGGAAGAUUUAGACCUGAUUUUCUUUCGUGAAAACGAGGAUCCCUUAGAGGAACAUUAUAUGCUGUUGGAAGAAGAUGAUUAUGGAGUUCAAAAGGGGGAGGAAAGGAGCGGAAAAAAGGACACCCUCGUUGAAAAAGACAUUGCCAUGGAAAAAGACAUCGCUGGGUUGAACAACACUUUCAACAUAUUGAGGAAUAACCUGUAUCAUAUCUUUAGCGACUCGUGCGAUGAGCAAUGCAGUGACGAGUAUCGUGUGGACAGUUUGGACGGCGACGCGGAUAGAAGUAGGAACAGGGGUAGCGAAAAUGUUAGUUUCGUGGACAAGCAUAGGGGCGACACGCAUAGAAGCGACAUGCAGCAGGGUCCUAUGCAGAGCGCAUUGGGGCAAAAGGGACUGGCACAAAUAGGCUUAACGGAGCGAAGCUUGAUGGAACGGGGCUUCAUUGAACGAGGCUUGAUGGAACAGGGCUUGAUGGAACACGAGUUGACGCAGCACGGGUUGGCUCAACGCGUCUUGACUAAUCAGUGGUUCGCCACACAGCCCCCUCUGUAUGAAGAGGAUGCGGAGGAGGAAGACAGAUUAGGAAUUAAUGACCUUCGCGGUGACAAAAGCGCAUUCAGGGGCCAGCACCCUUUAAGCGACGCACCCUAUAGCGGUUUACUACAGGCUCCAUGUAUGAGCAGCCUGAUGGGCAAUGUGCCCUACGCACCCAGUGUGAGGGAAAUCGUACCCCACAACAGAUACGGCCUGAGCAGCCUUUCCGGUGUAAACAGUAUUGGCAUGGUUAGCGACAAUGUGAUGAAGAAUACAAAUGGGCACAGCGCGAAUGGAGCGCACCAAUCUCCCUUCAUCCACAACCAUCAUAAUAGAACCAAUUUGAGCGCAGCAGCGGGGAAGAAUUGUGAAAUGGAAGAAACGCACCAGAACAGUCGUCUCAAUGGAAAUGCGGUUAACGGAAAAGAAAAUGGAAAUAGCCAUAGGUCCAAAAAAAUAGGAAAUGAAAAUAUGAUUAUUGAAAGACCCGUAACAUUAAAUAAUUCUCAAAUGUUAGAGGCAUUCAUGCAAGGAAGACUUUGCUUAAGUUGUGACUCGCUUGACCAUCCCAUGCCAUUGUGUCCUAACAAUUCUUUUGUCUGUCCUAACUGCCACAACAUUUCCCAUAGAGGAAACGAUUGUCCCAUGAAGUGCCGUUUUUGCCUCAAAUACCAUGUGGGUAUAUCCAUCAUGGACUGUUUAAAGAAGGCAAGAAUACAGAGUGAAAAGAAUUGUUCAAAUGAAGAAAAGAACGAAACAAACAGAGUGGGAAAAAAUGUGAAGAGUAACGAAGAUAGAGUUAGUGUAGGACCCAGAUUUGAUAUAACUACGAGGCCUGACAACUCCUAUGGAAGAAGUGUAUAUGUAUCGAAUUUGACCGAAGACAUAACCAAUGUACAACUAAGAGAUGCCAUUAACAAUAACUUAGAGAAUGGGUACGUAGUAAAUAUUGACAGACAGGAUGGAUAUGCAUUUGUCGAGUUGUCUAAUUUGAAUUCUACUUUUCAGCUGGUGCAGAAAUGUAUUAACAUAAAUUUUAGGAAGUUAAAAAUACAGUUUAAAAAAACAGGGCAAUUUUUGAUACCUGAUAAUUUGUCUUUAAACAUGAAUAAUUUGGUUACCCUUGGUUUGCAACGAGGUGGAGCAGGGGGAGCUACCCUUGUGCAGAGCAAUAUGGGGAAGAACGCGACGAAUGCUGCUAUGUGUAGGAAGAACCCGUCUAAUGGUGUGAAUGGUAAUGCGUUAAGCAGCGGAAGUGGUGCCACCAGUGGGAACGCUGUCGAGGUUUGUACCAAGUUGAGGUUGGUAGGAAGUAAGGGAGGAAGUAAUAACUGCACAAAUGGAGGCGCCAUACCGGGCGAUGGCAAGGGGAAAUACGCGUGCAAGUCGACCAGUGCGAAGUGUCCGAAGGUUCAGCAGCAGAAGAAGCAACAGGGGAAGCAGACACAGGAGGGCCAACUGCAACCCCUGCAGAUGAUCCAACUAGCACAGACAACGGAAUCGGCCCAGGCCGCGCAACCAACGCAGACAAUGCAACUUGUAGAGUCAGCGCAAUCCGUGCAGCAAAGGAAAAACAGGCACAAGGAUAACCUCAAGCAAGGAAGAGCUGUGCACACUAACGGCGCCUCUUCCGUGGAUAAGAACCCGAGCGUAAUAGGUGCCAUCCUGAGCCAAAAGAAAAGCAAACUGGUAGGUGAGAAGAACAACCAGGAGAAGGGAAGAAGGGGAAGGAUAUCCGAUGGAACUCUUCCCACAAUGAGCAACGGAGGUAUAAGUUACGAUACAGUCGGCGAGGCGGCCUCCUUUUUGUAUGGGUUCAAAAAUCCUCACAGUGUAGGAAUUCCAAGUGCACAAGUGUUGAAUUUGCCCAACGGCCACCUCUUAUUAGCACAGCACCUGGAUUGUGCCAAGAUGGGAACAGUAGCAGAAGGACUGAAUAGAAACUACUACGACUUCAUAUGCACCAAUGGCCAAAUGAUGAAGACCAUAAAUGUAAAUAAUAUGCCGCGCCUUCCUGCCCUGUGUAGCACUGGUGCUGGUAACGGUGCAAAUGAUAUAUACAAGAAUGAGGUGGCUGAUGUUGGCCUGCUUUACGAAGGAAGUAAAAUACCCCUGAAAAUGGCAAACGAUAUGAAUGGAAAGAACGAACUACAUAAAAGCAUGACAACAGAGACGAACAAAACAACAGCUACCACCACAACCUCGUCGGACAAUAUGUUGAGCACGCAACUGUUCAAUGGUGGUGUGUCCUCCCCCAUGGGGAGAAGCUUGAACAAAUUUGAUGAUAUGAUGAAGGAGACCCAUCUGUCUACGGUGAUGGAAGCCAGCGGGGGUGCCACCAUGAACGAAAAAUUGACCAGAUGUUUGAAUGCUUCUCUACAAGAUGGGAUGUUCACGGGUGGAACCAUGUCCCUGAGUCACUUGGCCGACAUGGAUAGGCGGGGCAGCCAGUUUAGUGGCGGUGCUUACCUCGGCCCUUACAACGAUCGCUUCACGCCUAAUGUACAUAACGACCACCGCUACCGCACCAACAGCGGCGACAACAAUAACACCUGCCACAGCACUCACAACAGCAACGUGUCAGAUGGCCGACCCAACAUAGACCUAAAAUCAAUCGUGAAUAACGCCAUAGAAGUGAACCAGGACGUGUUAAAUUAUGACCAGGUCAGUUUUGCCAACGCGGCGGGGGAGGGUCUUCUCCACAAUGACGUUCCUGCCUCGGCUGGUAGUGAUGCGCCUGGUGCCUACACCCUUGGCAAGUGCGACGUUUCUGGCCCAUGCCACUCCAACGAAAAUUACACGGGGCAAAAUAAAAUGUACACUGAUAAACAAGCCAUAGUUGGUCCAUACAUGAAUUUUGAGGCAAGCAUGAAUGGAAAUAACAUAUGGAAGGAUAGAAGCGGUGGUAGUGGUAGUGGCGUUAGUGGUGGCAACCAGCGUCACUCUCAUUUGAAACAUUCGUACAAUAACAUUUGCGACGAUAUGUUUUUUGCGAACCACGACAUGUAUGAUGUAUUUUCGCGCUUCAAUGCGAUAAAGGUGGAUGACGACAGGGGAGGCAGCGGAAGGGGCAGUGGCAACGUUAGCGGCACGAUUGGCGACGGGGUUGGCCACCCCUUCGCCGUGGGCACUAAUCAGCACAACGACGGCUGCAAUCAAAACACCAAAUGUGGUCACAGCGCCGUGCACCAGGUGCCAUCAUUGCCAAAUGAGGCAACGGAUGGGAAGAACAAAAUAAAGUUCGUAAACCUCAGCCCUAAUACGUUUCAACAAUUGAGCAACCUUCACGCCAAAGAAGACGUAGACCUUAUGGACGACGACUCUUACGUGAGCAGCAUGAAGUACAAAGAGCUAGAUGCCAUUGAGAAAGAUUUGGAGAAGCACAUCAAGGCUUUGUGGAACCUCCGCAAGAUAAAGUUGGUGAAGACACACGAUAUUACACAACCACACAACGGAUUUGUGUAG